AUGCUAGCGGUGGUUACUUCUGCAGCAAAAGGUCGCAUCGUGGGAGACCCCUCACAUGAGUAUGAGCACACAGAGACAAAGGGAGGGGGACGAGGCUAUGGAGGAGGACGUCAUGAUGGGAACAAGUGUGACGAAUGAUGUUGUUUAAACGUUGAACUAGGCUAAUGGUGUUUUGCUUAUUACUAAGAGAUAAAUGUGCAGUAACUUGAUGCAGAUGACCCUCGUGACUGUGUGUGGUAUUAUUGCAGAGUGAUGAGUAAUGGAUGUUGUGACGGAUGUUUGGUAAUGGUUGUUGUUUGGUUUGCGUUGCAGAUCAAGGUGAAUGAGGAGAAGAGGCUGCCCACCACUGUCCACACCAUUGAUAAGGAGGUGUCUGUGGUCCCGUGCGGCACCUUCAUUAAGAGUCCCCACGGCCUGGUGCAGACCAACCGCAACUUUGAGGGUAAAGCUACUGUUCAAAGUAAUUAAUGAAAUGUAUGGCUCCACAUAGAGUGUGGUGGUUACCAGUUGAGAAUGUGGUCUGUCUGUGGGGAGAUGGGACACAGCUAUGUGUGUUACUGCCUGGAGAUGAUGACUUAGCUGUGUAGUUUUUAGCUCCGACUGUGUUGGAAGUUGGAACUAGAAUCCAGCCCAUCAUAUAUCACACACUGCACAUUGUGCAUGUGGGUCUGUAGUGUACACACAUAUGCUUUUCUGUGUUUUCACUCUCAUACAUGGACAGAAUCAUAUCAUGCUGUCAGUGACUGGGUGAGGGAAUGAGUGAGUCUUUGUGUGUUCUGUCUAUCCUGCAGGUCAGUCCUCCUCGGAGGCGGGUAAACUCAGCUGCUUCCUGCACUUCACUGAGCCGCAAAACCUGAAGAAGAAAUCCAUCCUGGAGAUGGCUGACCUCGACCCCUCCAUCAACUUCCUGGACCCUCUGAGUGAGGAUAUCCCCAAAGGUAACAGAGUGCCAAAUCUCUCACUACACCACUCCUUUACCAGGGCCAUUCUAACAGGUACAGUCAGUCUACCUUUCCCCCCAUGGGAGGAGUUUCCUUCCCACAAAUUGUCUGUCUUUAGAAAUAGAUCCAGUUCCAUGAGUUCCUUGAAAAGCCCUUGAAAAAUAGUAUUUGUGGGAGACAAAAUGUAAUAUGAACAUGAGGUUACUUCUGUUGGACAUGCUCUGGUGGCCAUGCACUAUUAUACUAAACUAGCCUUGUUAUUGGCGCUGACAAUGAUUUGGGUUGGCAGUUGAGAGCCCAGUCUUUCUGUGAGGAAACUAUCAAGGCAUUCUCUUCUGGAUCUUGACUCCAUAUUUUAUUUUUCUGCUCUGCAAAGCAGGCUGUUUGGGUUAACCCAUCAUAUAAAACAGCUGUAGGCCUAUCUGCUGACAGCAGUUCCAGCCGUGGGUCAGUAGCGAGGACGUGAGCAAGGCAAUGAGUGGUCAAUGGCUGCCUUGCUCUGCUGAUCAUGGAUCUUCACCAGAUGGAAUACAGAUUCUAGAACAUGGUUAAAUAAUUCCCUGGGUAGUAUUCAAAUGGCUCUUCAGUGCUCAAUCUGGGAUGGAAUUUAAAGAAAGCUGGCAGCCUUUCCCUUUAGAUAGUUAUGUUGCAAAAUGUCAGGCCAAGCCUUGGGCCCACCACCCACUGUCAGUCUAGCCUUGAGUUUUAGAACGAUUAAAUUGCAGACAACAUUAUUCACAGUCACCAUAUUUUUCACAAGGGAAGCCAACAGGAUUCAACCAGAAGCCAAAACAGAGGGCCAGGGAUAAAUGUAAUACAGUACUAAAUCUGGAUAUAGUUAGUCUAAACAUGUUUGUGGUGUGCUCAACAGGAUGAUUGCUAUGGACAAGUGAUAGGUAAUGCUGUGUGUGUGUCCAGAGCCUGUGUCUAAAACAUAUCACAGCUGUUCAUUUAACAGGGAUGAGCAUCUCUGUGGUGUGUGCAUGUGUGCAGUGGCGACUUUAGAAUGUAAAUCUUGAUGUGGCAAACUCCCCCCAAAAAUGUUUUAUGCAUGCCAGCAAAGCCACUACACAACACAACACUAAACAAUACAUGAAUUGGACUAUAAUGGUGACAAACGGAGCCCACAAACUGUUAGGGCCUACAUAAAGCUGUCCCAACACCUUAUCACUGUGACACCUGGCUAUCAGCGGAGCCUUGUCUGGCAGCGAAAUAGUUCAUUCAGCCUCAUUUACUGCCUUUUAAAAACAACAUAGCUGAUAUGGCUGACUUGCUUAAACAAAUGUGGUUUCUACUGACAAUUGAGAUGUACAAACUAUGGCAUAAGGGGACGACGAGCGGAUAAGAGGCAAUCCGUAAUUUCGAUUAAAACAUCAAUGAGCGAGCUAGGAUGGAUGUAGUCAAUAUAACUAUUUGUUCAGCACUUUUGAAAUGUACAGCAGCAGAAUUCAGAACAUGGGCCGUUCUUACAGUAUUCUCCCUGUCAGAACCGUAGGAUAAAUAAAGGGGGCAUAUAAGCAGACAAUGAAAGCUCUUACAAUAUUCAAUGAUUACAUUUUCUCUAAAACAGGCUAUAGGCUACAUGUGCACCACCAAGUCAGAACAGUAGGCUAAGUUAUGAGGGGAAAAGGGACCAAAUUAUUAGGGUGAGGCACAUGGGCUACUAACAGCUUACUACACAACAUACACUUAGUAUUACUUUCUUAGCUACAGUAUACAGUGGGGAAAAAAAGUAUUUAGUCAGCCACCAAUUGUGCAAGUUCUCCCACUUAAAAAGAUGAGAGAGGUCUGUAAUUUUCAUCAUAGGUACACUUCAACUAUGACAGACAAAUGGAGAAAAUGUUUUCCAGAAAAUCACAUUGUAGGAUUUUUAAUGAAUUUAUUUGCAAAUUAUGGUGGAAAAUAAGUAUUUGGUCACCUACAAACAAGCAAGAUUUCUGGCUCUCACAGACCUGUAACUUCUUCUUUAAGAGGCUCUUCUGUCCUCCACGCGUUACCUGUAUUAAUGGCACCUGUUUGAACUUGUUAUCAGUAUAAAAGACACCUGUCCACAACCUCAAACAGUCACACUCCAAACUCCACUAUGGCCAAGACCAAAGAGCUGUCAAAGGACACCAGAAACAAAAUUGUAGACCUGCACCAGGCUGAGAAGACUGAAUCUGCAAUAGGUAAGCAGCUUGGUUUGAAGAAAUCAACUGUGGGAGCAAUUAUUAGGAAAUGGAAGACAUACAAGACCACUGAUAAUCUCCCUUGAUCUGGGGCUCCACGCAAGAUCUCACCCCGUGGGGUCAAAAUGAUCACAAGAACGGUGAGCAAAAAUCCCAGAACCACACGGGGGGACCUAGUGAAUGACCUGCAGAGAACUGGGACCAAAGUAACAAAGCCUACCAUCAGUAACACACUACGCCGCCAGGGACUCAAAUCCUGCAGUGCCAGAUGUGUCCCCCUGCUUAAGCCAGUACAUGUCCAGGCCCAACUGAAGUUUGCUAGAGUGCAUUUGGAUGAUCCAGAAGAGGAUUGGGAGAAUGUCAUAUGGUCAGAUGAAACCAAAAUAGAACUUUUUGGUAAAAACUCAACUCGUCGUGUUUGGAGGACAAAGAAUGCUGAGUUGCAUCCAAAGAACACCAUACCUACUGUGAAGCAUGGGGGUGGAAACAUCAUGCUUUGGGGCUGUUUUUCUGCAAAGGGACCAGGACGACUGAUCCGUGUAAAGGAAAGAAUGAAUGGGGCCAUGUAUCGUGAGAUUUUGAGUGAAAACCUCCUUCCAUCAGCAAGGGCAUUGAAGAUGAAACGUGGCUGGGUCUUUCAGCAUGACAAUGAUCCCAAACACACCGCCCGGGCAACGAAGGAGUGGCUUCGUAAGAAGCAUUUCAAGGUCCUGGAGUGGCCUAGCCAGUCUCCAGAUCUCAACCCCAUAGAAAAUCUUUGGAGGGAGUUGAAAGUCUGUGUUGCCCAGCGACAGCCCCAAAACAUCACUGCUCUAGAGGAGAUCUGCAUGGAGGAAUGGGCCAAAAUACCAGCAACAGUGUGUGAAAACCUUGUGAAGACUUACAGAAAACGUUUGACCUGUGUCAUUGCCAACAAAGGGUAUAUAACAAAGUAUUGAGAAACUUUUAUUAUUGACCAAAUACUUAUUUUCCACCAUAAUUUGCAAAUACAUUCAUUAAAGAUCCUACAAUGUGAUUUUCUGGAAAAAAAAAUCUCAUUUUGUCUGUCAUAGUUGACGUGUACCUAUGAUGAAAAUUACAGGCCUCUCUCAUCUUUUUAAGUGGGAGAACUUGCACAAUUGGUGGCUGACUAAAUACUUUUUUCCCCACUGUACAUAUCUCCCUGGCAUAUUACAUAAUUUAUGCAGCAGCACACAAGACAUUUUUAGACUCACCUUGUUGUGCUGUGCUCACUUGAACAGGAAGGUGGUGCGGCGGUCCUUCGUGGUCAAAUUUUGUCAUCAACUUUGUCAUUAAAGUCUGGUAUUCUCUGGAUUUAUGGUGCUUUCAAGACAACUGGAAACUCCGAAAAAAAAUAGGUUGAAUCAUGACAUUAGUUAUCUUCAGGUCAGAGCUCUAGAAAGAGUCCCGAGUUCCCGACUUGGAAUUCCGAGUUGGAUGACCAUUCAAACGUAUUUUCCCAGUCGGAGGUCAAUGAGCACCGAUACGUUUUAUCUAUAAUUUCUCUUCAUAAUUCUCUUCAUAUGACAAAGAUUGAAAAGGAUUUGCCAUUAGAUUGUCGACUUCAUUCAUGAUGAUGACUGCUAGCUUGCUAGCUAAGAUUUUGAAAAUAUGGCGUUGACAUGAUCAGUCCAAUCAACGCUACGGUAGAUAUAGUGCGUACUGCCCAGUACAUCACUGGGGCCAAGCUUCCUGCCAUCCAGGACCUCUAUACCAGGCUGUGUCAGAGGAAGGCCCUAAAAAUUGUCAAAGACUCCAGCCACCGUAGUCAUAGACUGUUCUCUCUGCUACCGCAUGGCAAGCGGUUCUGGAGCGCCAAGUCUAGGUCCAAAAGGCUUCUUAACAGCUUCUACCCCCAAGCCAUAAGACUCCUGAACAGCUAAUCAAAUGGCUACCUGGACUAUUUGCAUUGUCCCCCCACCCCCUCUUUUACGGUGCUGCCACUCUCUGUUUAUUAUCUAUGCAUAGUCACUUUAACUCUACCUACAUGUACAUAUUACCUCAAUUACCUUGACUAACCAGUGCCCCCGCACAUUGACUCUGUACCGGUACCCCCUGUAUAUAGCCUCGCUACUGUUAUUUUACUGCUGCUCUUUAAUUAUUAUUAUUUAUUUUUUCUUAAAACUGCAUUGUUGGUUAAGGGCUUGUAAGUAAGCAUUUCACUGUAAGGUCUACACCUGUUGUAUUUGGCGCAUGUGACAAAUACAAUUUGAUUUGAUUUGAUUUAUAACGUGAUUUGACGUCAUUUUAUCUGUGGCCAAUGACCUUGAGCCUUCUUGGAUGGGCACUUCUAAUGUAACUCUAUGGCAGCACCCAAGGGGCUUGAAUGGUUUUGCUCUCCCUGUAGAUUUUGCAGUGACGUAGUGUCCCCAUGAGUGACAGAACACUGAGCCAAUCAUGGCACAACUAGAGAAUAUUACCAACCCCUAUGCCCUGUAUUUUCCGCUGGCUGCCCCACCACCACAGAAAGCACUGAGCUAGACUGAAACACCUGCAUUUUAGAGCUGCCUUACUCAAGAAAGCAAAAAAGAGACCAUGUUUGUGUGCGGCUUUAUUAACUCAAUUGUUUUUCUUUUAUUCUUUUACAUUGUUUGCAAACUGAUAUGUGACACGUAUUAAUGCAAAAAUAACAAACAAAACAGGCAACAACAACAAAAAUAUAUAUAUAUUAUGAUUAUUAUAGUUGCUAAACAGGUGGGGCUCAAAACAGGUGGGGCUCUGAAUGACAGGUUGUCACUGCAUGUGUGUAUAGCUUUCCCAAACCAGCUUAAUAUACAUUACACCCCACUGGGAAAAAACUGGUUGAAUCAACGUUGUUUCCACGUCAUUUCAACCCCAAAAAUCUAUGUGAUGACAUUGAAUCAACGUGGAAAACUGAUUGGAUUUGCAAAAAGUAAUCAACAUAAAGGCAUUUCGUAUUUUUUCAACUAACAUUUAACCUAACAUGGUCAUUAUUUGGGGGGAGGGGAGAUUUCACGUUGAAUUCACGUUAGUUGACAACUUAACCAAAUGAAAAUCAAAACUAGACAUUGAACUGACAUCUGUGCCCAGUGACAGUAUCACCCUCACUGAGAACUCGUUAAUGGCCAGACCUCCAGCUUUGCUGAAUGGGAGAGAGAGAGACCCAGACUAAAGACAGUUUCUAGGGACAACGUGGUAGAUCUCCACCAAAAGACAGGUACUUUCCUCUGGGAUCCUUGAGUAAAGCUCCCCCUCUCACCAAAGAGAUCCUCUAGACUUGCCUGGAAGUAUGUGGCAAGUUGCUGUUAUCGACUCCUCAUUUAUGCUAAUACACCUGCCAUGCCUGUCCUCCGACUAGGUUCCUCCCUAUGCCUCGAGUAUGGGACAUCCACAUGCUUCCAACACCAUGUGUGAGUUUGAAACCACCUGUGGAAAGUAGACACCAUCGCUGAGCGGUUUCUCUGAAAAAAGCUGUAAUCAAUAAGAAUGUUUGGCCCUUGACUCAAACUGAACUCUGAUGAAAUCACAUCAACCUGGCUGGAGAGUGUCUUUUGGUCAUGGAAGAUGAAUCCCACCCCAUAGACAAAGAGCAUUGUGAAACUGCAAUACUUGAUAAGUAUAUUAUCAACAGAACAACAGACCCAAUUUACUGGAAUAGCUGUUCAUAGAUAGCUCUGGCAGAGAGCAGGUUCAUGCUCCACAUUACAACAUCUGUAGAGUACGACCAUACCUCACACAGGAAGCGGCACAGGUCCUAAUCCAGGCACGUGUCAUCUCCCGUCUGGACUACUGCAACUCGCUGUUGGCUGGGCUCCCCGCUUGUGCCAUCAAAACCCUGCAAUUUAUCCAGAACGCCGAAGCCCGCCUGAUGUUCAACCUUCCCAAGUUCUCCCAUGUCACCCCGCUCCUCCGCACACUCCACUGGCUUCCAGUUGAUGCUCACAUCCACUACAAGACCAUGGUACUUGCCUACGGAGCAGCAAGAGGAACUGUCCCUCCUUAUCUUCAGGUUAUGCUCAAACCCUACACCCCAACCUGAGUAGGGCAGCUCCUCAAGGGCAGCUCCUGCUCAAGUACCAUGGUCUGGAGCAGGAGCUGCCCUCCCACCCCUACGGGAGGGCAGCUCCUGCUCAGCCCAGUCCAAGCUCUUCUCUGUUCUCAGGGUGAUGAGAGGUGUUGGGUUUGCGCCAUAGCGUUUUCCUUGAUGGCCAAAAAGCUCAAUUUUAGUCUCAUUUUACCAGAGUACCUUCUUCCAUAUGUUUGGGGAGUCUCCCACAUGCCUUUUGGCGAACACCAAACGUGUUUGCUUAUUUUUUUCUUUAAGCAAUGGCUUUUUUCUGGCCACUCUUCUGUAAAGCCCAGCUCUGUGGAGUGUACGGCUUAAAGUGGUCCUAUGGUCAGAUACUCCAAUCUCCGCUGUGGAGCUUUGCAGCUCCUUCAGGGUUAUCUUUGGUCACUUUGUUGCCACUCUGAUUAAUGCCCUCCUUGCCUGGUCCGUGAGUUUUGGUGUGCAGCCCUCUUUUGGCAGGUUUGUUGUGGUGCCAUAUUCUUUCAAUUUUUUUAUAAUGGAUUUAAUGGUGCUCUGUGGGAUGUUCAUAGUUUCUGAUAUUUUUUUAUAACCCAACCCUGAUCUGUACUUCUCCACAACUUUGUCCCUGACCUGUUUGGAGAGCUCCUUGGUCUUCAUGGUGCCGCUUGCUUAGUGGUGUUGCAGACUCUGGGGCCUUUCAGAACAGGUGUAUAUAUACUGAGGUCAUGUGACAGAUCAUGUGACACCUAAAUAAAGUCCACCUGUGUGCAAUCUAACUAAUUAUCUGACUUCCGAAGGUAAUUGGUUGCACCAGAUCUUAUUUCAGGGCUUCAUAGCAAAGGGGGUGAAUACAUAUGCACGCACAACCUAUUUUUUUGAAUUUUUUGGUUGCACCAGAUCUUAUUUAGGGGCUUCAUAGCAAAGCGGGUGAAUACAUAUGCACGCACCACUUAUUUUCUAGAAUUUUUUUUUUUUUUUUUCAUUUCACUUCACCAAUAUGGACUAUUUUCCAUUACAUUAAAUCCAAAUAAAAAUCUAUUUAAAUUACAGGUUGUAAUACAACAAAAUAGGAAGGACGCCAAAGGGGAUGAAUACUUUUGCAAGGCACUGUAUGUACAAUCCCUUUAUCCAAACGGAUUGCUCAUGUACCUAGCUCUUAUCAAUUUAUACAUUACAGUGCAUGGAGAAUGCUGUUAUUUCUAUCUGAAAAUAGAAAGUAGAGGUUUUUCCACUUGGAACAGACAGAUUCACUCAACCUUAUUCAUGGUUUCCUCGAGCGUAAAGAUGGUGGAAUUAAGUCAAGGUCAGAAUACGUAUAUCUGUCGACACACCUCUGCCACACCUCCAUUUCUGUGAUCUCCACCCUAAACGAAUAGCUGGCUGGCAUGUGUUUCCUCAUGCUUAAGUUCAAGGUCAGAAUGCGCACUGUGAGAAAAGUGCAUGAAAAAGGAAAAAGUUAAAUUUACACCUGGGUAUCUUGGGCCCGAAUUCCCCCCAUUGGGAAUAGCGGAAUCAGUAAAGGGAGUAAUGUGAGACCCGUACAUGGUCUCGAUUUAUGAAGGGUCAUGGAUUCUGCCAUUUGAGGAGCAGCAGAUGGUGUGAUAGUCUUUAUAACACCCAUCAGUGUGUGUGUGUGUGUGUGUAUAGGGUUGUGGAGCUUGCAGUUUGAGCGCCACAGCACUGUGUGUGUGAUCAGCAGCAUGCCGUGGCUGGGCAUGACCACCUUCAAAAGAACCCAUGACCCCCCAGCAGGGAUACAUCUACAUGGGCGACGGACUCAAUAA